UCAGUCAGCAGAAUACUAUGUUCCACCUGGGUGCUAGCAACAAGCCAGCCAUCUUCCUGCUCAUCCUCCCUGUUUUCGAUUAUACCAUUCAGACACACAGCGCAGCUUAUUGAACAUGGAGGACGAAAGAUUGAAAGAAAAGAGACCAUUGGGGGAACUGCUGGAAGUAAAGGUGGAUGUUCACUCUGAAGCUCUGGACUUCAUCCACAGUGACACGAGGCCUGUGAUUUAUGACAGGGAUCCCAAAAAAGUCAACAGCAGUCUUAAGGUCAUGUUUGAGGAUGUGAUUGCAGAACCCCCCUCUGUGCGGAGCUUUGAUAAAGUGUGGCUAUGGAGUCACGCCCUGUUUGAGGUAUCCAGACUAUGGUGCUACCGAUUCAUCUCUCUCCUGCUGGCUGUGCCAGUCUCACUGGCAGCAGGGCUCCUCUUUGCUGUGCUCAGCUGCCUGCAUAUCUGGUUGAUCGUGCCAUGUGUGCAGCUCCUUCUCAUCAAUAUGCGCUGGGUUCAGACUGUGUGGGCCAGCAUACUGAACAUUUUUAUCAGUCCAUUCUUUACCAGUAUUGGAAAGUGCUGUGGUCAAGUCACCAUCCUUCUGGCAAAAGAUGAAAACUGAUGGAAGCACACUGCGUGGAAACGAUUGGUUAAAACAGCAAUUAUGGCACAUGAACAGCAGCGACAGACUGCAUACUAAUUCUGCUGGGAGGGAAAUGAUCAUCUGUAUUUUAACCAUCUAUGAUUAUUCUGUUUUUAUUCAUUUAUCGUGUAAUUUGUCAUGCUGAAAUAUAUAAUUAGUCUUCUGUUUUCUAAAUAUUAUAGUGCAUUAUGCAUAAAACCUUUUGGCUGUCUAGAUAAGGGCAACACAAAAAGCAUACACUGAGGGGAAUUAAUAAAUAAUAAUUCAAUAAUAAAUUAUAUUUAAACCUCCUUAAUACACAUGUAAAAGAAGAAUCCACUGAAAGCAAAGUGAAUGACAAAUAUUGCAAUUAAUUUCCAAUUUAAUCCACCCAUAAAAUUUGAACUGAUUAUAAAAACAGAUUAGGAGGUUAAGAGCUCUAGCAGAGCACUGGACAGUCCUCUGGAUGGACUGAUGUGUAUGUGAGGUUAAUGAAGACAAUAUGAAUGCAAAUAUGUAAAAAAACAAAACAAAUUUCAACACCUGCUAACAACUUUUGGUUUAAGGUUUUGAAUCCAGCUAUAUGCAGUAGUUUCUACUAAACAAGAUGAUAGCUGAAGGUGGAGACCAACAACUAAUUUCACUCUGAUUUAUUUUUCUAUGGAAAAAGGUUCCUCUGAAUCUUCUUUUAGCUUGAUUGGAAGUAACACGUUUAUAACAGAAAGCCUCCUGUGUUAAAUGUAGUGUAAAUCGAAAGGAGUGGAAGUUUAAGAGCCAGAAGGUGUGCAACCUUGGAACCUGUCUGCCAUUAUCGGUGGAUGAUAGUCAAAUACAGACCAUCAUCUGCAUAUUCAAAUAGAGACCUCUGAUUGCCUAGGCACCCAAUCACAUCUGCAUAUUCCAAUUUAGAUACACCAAUUAACCUGACAAGCAAAUUUUUGGACUGUAGAAGAAAGCCCAAUUACCCAUGCAGAACAUGCAAAACUAACUAUUGAACCAGCGUGCUUCCCCUUGUGUUUGAGAAAUUAAAACAAAUGUUGUGAUUCACCUCAUUUGUACAGCUUGUAGGAUCAAACCUAAUAUUUGAUUAAACAAGUGUAAGAAUUUAUUGUUAUUGGAAAUUCAUUUCAUUAUAAAUCAUAUUUUGUAUUUGUCUCAAGUUACACACCCAGCAGUGCUCAUUGCAAAGGGA